GAUUUGGCAACCGCCAUUAGAACAAAGAAGAAGACAGUGUUUGAAAAAUGCUACUAGCUCGACGUCUAACACGGUAAUAAGCGAUGGCGACUCAGUCGAUCGCCGAGCGCACGAUCUCUGAGAACUCCCUCGUACUGCUGCUGCAGGGCCUGCACGGUCUGGUGACCACGGUAGAGCUGCGGGACGAGAGCACGGCGAGAGGACGGGUCCUCAACGUAGACGCCUUCAUGAACGUCCGUCUGGAGGACGUGCUGUACAGGGACAGGCGAGGAAGAGUCUCCCAGAUGGCCGACUUCUUCAUAACGGGACGCAACGUGCGCUACGUUCACAUCCCGGAUCACAUGGACAUCGCAGAAACGAUCCAGAGUCAGCUGGAGAAAAUCCAGCGCGUGCGCUUCUUCUCCGACAAACAGGGGAGGAAAGAGUUCAGCAAGAAGAAAACUGGAACGAAUCAGUGAUUUAGGACUUUAGUUUUGUUCUCUUUCUAUUACUGCAGUGUUUAUCGAACAGUGAUUUUUUUUUUUUUCACUUGAAAGGUUUUGUGCUGAUUAAUUACAUGUAAUUACAUGAUGUACCAUGAUUUUUUAUUUCUACAAUAAAAAUAAAUGCUCUAAACAGGCUCAGUUAAAAUUAACAGGGCAGUUGUAGUAUAGUGGACUGUUUCUAGUGGUACUGCCUCACAGCAACAAUCUCCUGGGUUUGAUUCCCAGGAGUAGCGGUCCGGGUCCUUUUUGUGUGGAGUCUGCAUGUUCUCCCCGUGUCUGUGUGGGUUUCCUCCGGGAGCUCCGGUUUCCUCCCACAGUACAAAGACGUGCAAGUGAGGUGAACUGGAGAUACAAAAUUGUCCAUGACUGUGUUCGAUAUCGAACUUGAACUGAUGAACCUCGUGUAACCAGUAACUACCGUUCCUGUCAUGAAUGUAACCGAAGGGUGUAAAACAUGACUAUAUAAAAAUAGUAGCAUUUUGGUCGUACUGUGGUUUACAAGAUGUAACGUAAAGCCUCCGCAAGGGGGUGUAUGUGUACAAGAUCAUUUUGUGUUUAUGUGCCUGUGAAAAUUUCUUUAUUUAAUUAUUAAGGGCGACUCGGUGGAUAACACUGUCGCCUCACAGCAAGAACAUCCUGGGUUCGAUUCCCAAUUGGAAAAGUCUGGGUCCUUUCUGUGUGGAGUUUGUAUGUUCUCCCGGUGUCUGUGUGGGUUUCCUCCCAUAGUACAGAGACAUACAAGUGAGGUGAACUAGAGAUACAAAAUUCUUCAUGACUGAGUUUGACAUGAAACCUGAACUGAUGAACCUUGUGUAACCAGUAACCACCUGUCCUGUCAUGAAUGUAAUCAAAGUGUGUAAAACAUGACAAAAUAAAAAAUAGUAGCAUUU